GGGACCAACCCAGCCACACUCUCACGUCCUUGCACCCCCCUCGCCACUAUGCCUCAACUUGUUGGCAAGGCGCUACUUGCUGGCCUGAUUCCACUCGGAGCUCUGGCCCUCCACGGUUUCGCCGCUUCCAACGGACUAAUCCAAAGGUUCGAGGACCUCAAGGCUGAUCCACUCUUGUCUGACGGCGUCACUCUGUAUUCGACCAAUUACACAUCGUCCGAGGGUUUCAAUGGCCUGCUAAGAACCCUGCUCAACUUCUUCUGGCCCGUCGUCAACGGUCACGAUGCGAGGCUCUCCCUGUACAGCUUCAUGUUUGGUGGGCAGGGAGUGGCACUGAUGAUGCUGAACUUGCUCGAAGGCAUGCGCCACGGGAACAGGGGUCUUAUGGUGAGCUUUAUCACCAUCUACGGCAUGCUGUACAUGGUGGUGGGCCUAGCUGUCAUGGCGCCGUUGUAUCUGCUGCUGCAUCUGCUCACGUCUCCGACGGCGCACAAGCCAAACAAGACGAAUGUAGCGAUCAGUGGCACCUCGGCUCAGGGCGCCAUCUUCGGGACCUUGGCAGGGUACAUCAUGCCCAAUAUUCUAAUGUGUCUGCCUGUGGCUUCUGUCAUCUCUGUCGAGUCCAAGGCCCUAGCUGUUGUGCUGUGGCAAGCAGUACCCUUGUGGUCGGCGUGUUGUGCCCUAGCUUGGUCCACACUAGCUCCCAAAACGGCGAGAAAGAAUGGCAAAGAGCCAGAUGGCACGGCUUAUGUGCGUGCUGCUUAUCAAUUCGGCGUUGUCGUGGCAGGGAUCAGUCAUGUUUCUACAUUGGCAGUAUCAUUCGCAGCAUGGCUCAGUCCAGGCAUCUUCAACCCAGCGGUAGCAUCCACCCUGGCGCCACUUGGCCUACUCCUACCCCCAAACCCUCUAGACAGAGCCACUACUAUCACUUCCUUCUUGCAAGGGGCGACAUGGUUCCUUCAGUGGGAUUACACCAUGAUGUCCGCAGCCUACAUGGUCUGGUCCUUGACACUGCGAUAUGCAUCAACGUCCGCACGGAGAAGGGCCGAUUCCCUGGCACUGCCCAAGUUGUUAGUGUCAGUUUUUCUCAGGGCCACACUUCUUGGGCCUAUAGGCGCAACGCUGAGUCUUGUGUGGGAAAGAGACGAAGAGGCUUGGAAGACGAGUGAGCCAGGUACUGGGCAGCAGAAGACUAGGAAAAGCAGAUAG